AUGUCAACAAACAUUCGUAUUCCAAUCGACACCCUCUCCGAAAUCUUUGGCGAAUUGAAAUCGGAUAAACAGACACUUUUCGUUUGUCUACUCUUGAAUCGCGAGUGUUUUCGAAUCGUGGCACCAAUAUUGUGGCGUAACCCGCUCGAUCUUUUAUGGCGAAAAUUCAUUCCGUGGAUUUCGUUGGAAACAAGUUUUGAGGAAAUACGAACGGCUUUCGCUGAUUUUCGCUUUGAAGAACAACUUUGGACUGAGGGAGUACCGCAUAAUCCUAAACUACAGAUGAUAGAUGAUACGAGAUCAUUGUUGUGGAUGUAUUUGUCUUGUCUAAGUCAAGAGGGAAAAUUUCCUAAAUCAGUUUAUCUGAAUAAUACAACCUUUAACUAUAUUACGUUUUUGAAUGAAAUAAAUAUUCAUAAAUUAUACGCUUGUAUUUGUUUCGCUAAUUGUGGCUGUAUAUCAAAAUACACUUGCGUCACCUGUCAUCGAAAAAGAUGCGACGCUUUACUAGCCGGCAUACUCGACCAGGCCUCGAACCCACAAGCAAUCAACAUUACUACGAAAAAUUACCAAUGGAAAUCGCUCAUUAAUCCCUCAUCACUAUCCGAUCGAUUUCGUAAUAUACGUCAACUCUCGCUCAACGUUCCAUAUUGGUCAGAGAAAGAGAAACAUCUCGGCGAGGCUUAUGCUAAAGAAAUCGUUACACUUAUACGACAUCAAUCGAAUCUCGAAACGUUCACGCUUAAUCGGACUAUAUUUGGGUUGGAGGAUAUACUUACGGCUCUAGCGACAUGUUCGAAUUCCUUAUUAAAAAUUUCUUUCGUUACUUGUGACGUAUCGAAUUUCCAUCUAUUAGUCGCGAAUUGGAACUUCUUGGAAAAUCUUGAGGAAUUGUCAUUCAUUGGUUGCUUUGGUUUCUGUGUGUAUGAUUUUCUGUUCUUGGAUGAAAAAAUGGACAACUUGUGGGGGCGUGAGUAUACAUAUAUUGGGAGAUCAAAAAUAAGGCAAACUCUAUCAAAUCCUAUUUAA